CGCAUGGCUCUGUCCGCUCGCUUUGCCGGCUGUGGGUGGCGCAAGUAGCGCGGCAGUGGUCACAGUGUGUAGUGGUGAUGGGGUUGUGGGGCAGACGCGGCGGGAAGCCCCGGCUCCGGGACAAAGUGCGUGCAUCUCGCAGCAGUUCCUACAGCGAUGACUACCGCAUCACGCCCGAGCUCACGCCGACCGACACUUACAAGCACGGGGAACGUGUGGAGGCCGAGUGUUGCUGGCAGAAUGGCGGCUGUUGCCACGAGCAGGGACCUUGCUGCUCGCAGGACGAGCGUUGCUGCCUUCCUGGUAAUACCCACCGCAGCCCCAGGCGCGGGCGCAGCACCUCCACGGGAUCGAGACGGUCGUCCUUCGGCGGCGUGGAAGUGGUGAUGGUGAAUGACAGGCACGUGGACUUGCGACGGACUCCAUCCUGCACGUCCUGUGAAUCCUGCGACACUUGUAGGUGGACGUCCUCUACCAUCACAAGAAUUCCACUUAAGAACCACCUCUUCACCUCGCCUCUGCUGUCCCAUCACGACCAGUCCCCCUCGCCGCCAAGAGGGCUCGCAGGCCGCCGAUAUAACAAAAAGGAGACUAACGGAACCCGCUUUGAGGCCGCCCCAAAUGAAAAGGGUUCCCGCCAGGCAGGGGCGUCACCGUCUCGGCGACAGACGGCUCGCAACACCACCACCUCUCACCCCAGCGUCCAGAGGUCAAACAGCAACACCACUGCAGCAAACGCAGCUGGCCGCGACACCGAACAAAAGCGACUGAGUCGUCGGGACCUGCAAAGGUUCCCCCAGCAGCGAAAACAGUCAGGUCCUAGGCGGGUGGAGGCCAAGACGUCCCGACUCUCAACUCUGUCUGACCCUGACCUCGACCCAGACCACACCCAGGUAGAGGAGAGAGGAGUUCCUGCCACAGGAGACGAGGACGGUGAGAACUACGAAAACAAGGAUGCCGGAGGAGGAGGAGGAGGAGGAGGAGGCAGUGGCGGAGGUGUCAGUGACAACAAAAUAAAGGUUGGCGGUGGCGGGAGGAAGAGGAACAGUCCCACCACUAGUGCCGCCGCACACGCCUCACCUGCGUCAAAAGCCGCCGUCUCUCUCACACUCAGCAAGCGAGACCUGCUGAACCAGAUGGUUAACCAAACGAAACAGCAUCGUCAGCAGAUCAGAUGCUUGGAGACUGAACUGGAGAGGCUGAGAUCUGGGGACGCUCUGAGCCGUUGUGAGUUGAACGCCACCGACGUGGAGUGGCGCCCCGGGAACGUGGUGGGGGAGGGAUCCUUCUCUACCGUGUACAAAGGCGCUUACUGCGGCAUAGACGUCGCUGUGAAGGAGCUCAAGUUCAAACUCUCGCAAGACGAUAAGAAUUACUUCCGGUCCGAGGCAGCUCUCCUGCAGCAGCUGCACCACCCCCGCGUGGUGCUGCUGAUGGGAGUGUGCACCACAACGGCGCGGCCCUUCAUGGUGCUGGAGUACCUGUCUGGGGGCACACUGCACAGUUUCGUCCAUAGCACUGAACGCGACCCCCUGGACCACGCAGCAUACUUCGCUGUGGCGCGCGACGUGGCUCAAGGAAUGAACUACUUACAUAGACAUGAGCCUCAGGUUUUGCACCUUGACCUGAAAUCCAUGAACGUGUUGCUGGACGCUUACUUCAGAGCCAAGAUUGCGGACUUCGGGUUCUCCAUUCUACGGCGAUCGCGGUCCGGCUCCCCAGCACAGCGCGGCUCCAUCAGAGGCACGCCGGCCUGGAUGGCACCUGAGUUGCUGACAAAGGGAGACGUGUCCACUAAGUGUGACGUGUACAGCUACGCGAUCAUCCUCUGGGAGAUGCUUUCCACCAGCCAUCCCUUUAAAGGCCUUGAUAUUUUCCAGAUCAUGGAAACCAUCGAGGCUGGGGGCCGCCCGCCGCUGCCGUCAGGAGGAGUGUCGCCCGAGUUGAAGGAGCUUAUCACCUCCUGCUGGGCACAGAAUCCCUCCCUCAGACCGAGCUUCGAGGAGAUCCUUGGGGCUCUGGAUACGGCAGCCAUCCCGGGAUCCUGGCGUGGGGUGCUGCAGAAAGCCGAUGUUGCGCCCUUGUUUCUAUCGGAUGUGGCAGCCACGAGGACAAUCAUUGAGGUGGUGGAGGAGAGUGUGGAGUUAGUGAGGCGCAACCACCACCACCAGCAGCAACAGCGACCGUCUACCGCACAUCAAGUUUUGUACGAGCGACUGGAGCCGUCCAUCCGCCACGCUGCAGAUCACAAAGUCAGCAAUUGCACACCCAAGGCUCUUCAAGAAAGGACUGCUGCUUCUCCCUCACGUCGGUCUUCUCCGCGCAGACAAGCGGCCCUCAAACAAGCAUCCUCCAAGACUAGUAAUAGUAACUCCAAAAGGGUUAUCUCGAAUAAGACUUCACUGCGGGAAGCUGAACAACGAGACUUGAUGGAUAGAAGAUUAGCGUCCCAUAGAAAUGAUAUUGAUAGAGUAGACGGAAACAGGAGUGUGUACAGUAACACAGUGAACAGGUAUGUGCCUCUAAGUCCUAACAGGGAGCGAGGACACCGCCGCACGGAAAGCAGAAAUUAUCGCCAUGACAGGAAACUCUCUGACAAAGAAGAGAGAGAUAGAAUGGAGAGAGACCCAGGAAGAAAAUAUAGUCGAUAUAGAGAAUCUCAUCACGAGGUAGGCAAUAGAGGACAAAAGGGCCAGAGUCAGAGCAGACGGCCGCCAAGAUUGGAUUCCUCUCCUCGGGAAAGACGUUCCACCAGUUUGGAGGCACAUCGCCGCCAUCGCGUCGUCCGCCGUUCCUCAAGUCGAGACCACCAUCCGAAGAGCAACGAACGUCGCUUUAGCAGCAGCGACCUCCAUUCCGACCUUCGUAGAGAGGUGUGUCGCCGCAACUUUCACCACGUAGAAAGAGAAUCCUCAGGGGAAGAAAUGCAGAAUCAAGACAGCAACGAGCAUUUAGCUGACAGUCAAGACAACCUAAUCAGAGAGAGUUAUGCAGAGUCAUGGGCCAGUAUGGACAGGCGCAGCUCAGAUAUUGUUCAGGGAAACGUAGGUCGUUCUCACUUAGUGAAUCGACGAUACUCCCCGAGCCCCAGACGACGAUCUCCUGAACGGCGGUACUCCUCCCCAACAAGGCAAUCAGAUUACCACCGACGCCGCACUUCUCACAGCCCACAACGCCGAAUGCAAACUCCUGACGUCAGAAGAAACGAGUCCAAUUCACGUCUGGGUCCUCUGGUGACUUCCGAACAAUUAAUGAGUCAGAAACAGAGACUGCGUCCUGUCCGACCAGCAGCCCUGUCUGAUCUAAGCCACAUUCCCGAAAACUCCCUGAACGACAUUUCUCUGAUACUCAAGACCGCUAUGACCAAGCGGCGGGACGCGUUUGACGAGGAGCUCAGUGGGCGUGACACUUUCCGUUCUGAGGACCUGGAGUGGUCUGACUGGCACUGAAAUUAGUCUCAGUGAGGAGUUGUAACCUUAGGUAUACAAAAUCACGGCAUGUUAAGUAUUUCAAGGCUAUUGUUUACUAACCAGACUAAGAACGUUAGCUAUGUGACAUUAAGCUUUAGCAGGGAGGAUUCUCAGCCUCCUUAUUGUGGUAUCUACUAUAUAACGAAGAUUGAAUAAAAAGAUUAUUGAA